AGUUAUCAGUAUCCUGUUGCUCGUGGUUUCAAAAGACUGCAGGAACUGGAGUUGUCCGAGGCUUGGCACGAUGCAACAAGGAGAGCUAAAUACAGGGGCAGAUGUCCCUGAUGAACUGGUCUUCUUUGUCAAUGGACACAAGGUUGCAGAGGAACAGGUGGAUCCCGAGAUGACGCUACUACACUAUUUGAGAAGAAAAUUGGGGCUAACUGGAACCAAGCUGGGCUGUGGAGAAGGAGGAUGUGGAGCCUGCACCGUGAUGGUCUCAAAGUAUGACCACCUUGAAGGGAAGAUACUGCACUUUUCUCUCAAUGCCUGCCUCGCACCCGUCUGCUCAGUGCACCACAUGGCCGUCACCACUGUGGAAGGAAUUGGGAGCACGGAUACGCAGCUACACCCAGUCCAAGAACGAAUAUCGAAAGCCCAUGGCUCCCAGUGUGGAUUCUGCACUCCUGGGAUUGUUAUGUCCAUGUAUGCUUUGGUGCGGAACAACCUGGAGCCAACUAUAGCGGAUAUUGAAGACACACUACAAGGUAACUUGUGUCGGUGCACGGGAUACAGACCUAUUCUUGAAGGCUACAGGACGUUCACUAGACAGUCACUAGGAUGCUGCGGCGGGAAUGGAAGAGAAAAAAGCUGCUGCAAAACUCUGGAUGAACCAGCCCGACCAUCAGGUGGGAACAGGAAAGGAAACGACUGCUACAAAUGUCUGGCUGAUGGUAGCCGAACCCAACUCUUUGAAUCAUUAACGUUCAAGCCUCUGGUCCCCACUCAAGAGCCAGACUUCCCCCCGGAACUCCUGUUAUUUGAUGAAUUGCCACAGAAAACUCUGCUGUUUAAAGGAGAACGGGUUACCUGGAUUCAACCUUACAGCUUGGAUAAGCUGUUGUCCUUGAAAGCCAGGUACCCCGAGGCUCGGCUGGUGGUGGGCAACACUGAAGUGGGUAUUGAAAUGAAGUUCAAGAACCAGGUGUACCCGGUUAUUCUGGCUCCAGCACACAUCCCAGAGCUGAGGUUCUCCCGACACACAGACACCGGGAUACUGUUUGGGGCUGCGUGCACCUUGACAUACAUGGAGAGAGUACUGAGACGUACCGUAGCUGAACUCCCUGCCUGGAGGACCGAGGUGUUCAAGGCUGUACUGGAGCAGCUGCGAUGGUUUGCAGGGCAGCAGAUCAGAAACGUGGCUGCUGUUGGGGGCAACAUCAUGACUGCCAGCCCUAUCUCAGACCUGAACCCGGUGUUCAUGGCCUCCUGCUGCUCUGUGACCCUGGCUUCCACAGAUGGCACAAGACGUGUGUGGAUGGAUGGAGGCUUUUUUAUCGGCUACAGAAGAACAGUGCUCCAACCACAGGAAAUACUGCUGUCCAUUGAGAUUCCCUUCAGCAGGAAGGGCGAGUAUUUUUCAGCCUUCAAACAGGCUCAGAGACGAGAAGACGACAUUGCAAUCGUAAACUGUGGGAUGCGCGUGGCUUUCAAGGAAGGCUCUGAUAUUGUGGAAGAGCUGUCACUGAGCUACGGAGGCAUGGCUGCCACUACCAUCUCUGCUGAGAAAACAUCACAACAGCUUGCUGGAAAAAAGUGGAAUGAGAAGCUUCUUCAUGAGGCCCUGCCCCUGCUGGUAGCUGACCUCCCUCUGUCUCCCUCGGCUCCUGGUGGAAUGGUGCAAUUCAGACGGACCUUGACCCUCAGCUUCUUCUUCAAGUUCUACUUGACCGUCCUUCAGAAAUUGGCAAAAGACCUCAAGAACAAUAAUAAAGACAUUGAGUCUAUUCCUCUAGAACAUCUGAGUGCCACAGAAUUGUUCCACAGGGAUCCUCCCCUGGCUCUUCAACUCUUCCAGGAGGUACCUCCUGGACAAGACCCUGCCGAUGUGGUGGGCCGCCCACUGGCACAUCUGUCGGCAGCCAAACAAGCCACCGGGGAGGCUGUUUACUGCGACGACAUGCCGCACUUCGAAAAGGAGUUGUACCUCACUCUGGUCACCAGCGCUAAGGCUCAUGCCCGAAUAAUUUCUGUUGAUACAGAUGAAGCUCUGAAGAUGGCUGGCGUUGUGUGCUUCAUCAGCAGCAAGGACAUCCCUGGGAGUAACCAGAUUAAGAUUAUCAAAUCAGACGAGACUGUGUUUGCUGAUAGAGAAGUCACUUGUGUUGGACACAUCAUUGGUGCAGUUGUUGCGGACACGCAGCAUCAUGCCCAGAUGGCGGCAAAAGCAAUAAAGGUCACCUAUGAGGAGCUGAAGCCAAUUAUUACCAUUCAGGAUGCGAUUGCCCAUGAAUCAUACUAUGAUGUGCCGAAGAAGAUAGAGAGAGGAAAUAUUGACCUGGGGUUUGCGGAAUCUGACAACAUCAUUGAGGGGGAAAUUCAUGUUGGUGGUCAGGAACACUUCUACCUGGAGACGCACUGCACAGUGGCUGUGCCCAAAGGAGAGGAUGGUGAAAUGGAACUUUUUGUGUCAACACAGGCUCCUUCGAAUACACAGUUGCUUGUAGCUGAGGCACUUGGUGUUCCAUCCAAUAGGAUUGUUUGUAGGGUUAAGCGGCUGGGAGGGGGAUUUGGAGGAAAGGAGAGCCGAAGCACACUGCUAGCAUUAGCUGUAGCAGUUGCUGCCUAUAAGACAAAAUGUCCAGUGCGCUGCAUGCUCAACCGUGAUGAGGACAUGCUGGUCACUGGGGGAAGACACCCCUUUCUAGGCCAUUACAAGGUUGGCUUCAAGGAUAAUGGGACGAUAGCUGCUCUGGACGUCACAUGUUACUGUAACGCAGGAAAUACCUUUGACCUCUCACCCAGUGUCUUAGAAAGGAGUUUAUUCCACCUGGAUAACAGUUACAUGAUUCCUAAUUUUCGUGGGAUUGGCUACUUAUGCAAGACUAAUUUAGCUUCUAACACCGCAUUCCGUGGGUUUGGAGCACCGCAAGGAAUGAUCAUAGCAGAGUGUUGGAUGAAUGACAUAAUUAUGAAAUGUGGUCUUCCUGCAGAGCAGGUGCGUCACUUAAACUUGUACCAAGAGGGAGACACCACCCACUUCAACCAGAGAUUGGAUGAGCUCAGCAUUGGGAAAUGUUGGGAGGAGUGUUUGAGGAAUUCACACUACCACAGCAGAAGGAAAGCUGUGGAUGAGUUUAACAGACAGCACCGGUGGAAGAAGAGAGGCCUGGCAAUUAUUCCAACAAAGUUUGGAGUAAGCUUCGGUGCUUCAUUCCUGAAUCAGGCAGGAGCGCUGGUUCUGAUUUAUACAGACGGCUCAGUGCUUGUGACUCAUGGUGGCACUGAGAUGGGGCAAGGUCUCCAUACCAAGAUGGUGCAGGUGGCCAGCAGAGUUCUGGGGAUUCCAGUCUGUAAGAUUCAUAUCUCCGAGACGAGCACCAAUACGGUUCCGAACACAUCUCCGACGGCCGCUUCAGUUAGCUCCGACCUAAACGGAAUGGCAAUUUAUAAUGCAUGUCAGACUCUUUUGGAGAGGUUGAAGCCAUUUAAGGAGGCCAACCCUCAUGGCACUUGGGAGAAUUGGGUAGAUGCAGCCUACAUGAAUACUGUGAGUCUGUCAGCAGUGGGUUUCCAUAGGACUCCUGAUUUGAACUACAACUGGGAGACAAAUUCAGGCCAGGCUUACAACUACUUCAGUUAUGGGGUGGCCACGUCAGAGGUUGAGAUUGAUUGUCUCACUGGUGAUCACAAGAACCUUCGCACGGAUAUAGUAAUGGAUGUUGGCACCAGCCUGAAUCCAGCGUUGGAUAUAGGACAGGUGGAAGGCGCCUUUGUCCAAGGUCUUGGUCUCUUUACCAUCGAAGAACUGCGUUACUCUCCUGAUGGUGUUCUGUAUACCCGUGGGCCUGGGACAUACAAGAUCCCUGGAUUUGGAGACAUCCCAGCUGAGCUGAAUGUAUCUCUUCUACGAGAUUCCGUUAAUAGUAAAGCAAUUUAUUCAUCCAAGGCUGUUGGGGAACCUCCGCUCUUCUUGGCGGCUUCCAUCUUCUGUGCCAUCAAAGAUGGGAUCGCUGCAGCAAGGGCAGAAUCGGGCGUGUCGGGCCCCUUCCCAUUGGACAGCCCAGCGACUCCAGAGAGGAUUCGCAAUGCCUGCAUUGACACCUUUACAGAGAUGUGUCCUCCCGCCAAAGUAGGAACAUUUACUCCCUGGGAUGUUCGAGUCUGACAUAGUGCUACGCUUCGUGAAGCACCUCUUGACCAACUGGUUCCCACAAACGAACAAGUUCUUCCAAAGAGACGCGAAGGGGAAAGGUACAAGUGUAGGAAAAUUGAAAAAAAUCUGAAAAAUGUCAAAAAUUUGAUGAAUUGGAAAAUUAGAGCUUGCACUUGGGAUAGGGAAAGAGGAGGGAGACAUUGCCACCUAUUGGCUAUUUAGUAUAUGUUUAUUGUGAAUUUAAACACUACAAAUUGCUGUGAUAAUGCACACUAACAUUAAAUGAUCAAAAACUGGAAAUUUUACCGCAUAUUACCCCAGACAGCAGUAAUAAUAAUUGGUGCCUGCAACAUCUCAAAAGAUGCCUCCAGCACGUCUUAUCGCAUCAUCUAACAAUCCCAAAUUCUUUUUAAUUUCCAAGAAUUUAAUAAUCCUUGCAUCUGAUCAUGUCUAGUACCUCAUUGUACCCGUGUUCAGACCUAAGUUUUGAAUGUUUCACUUCUUCUUUUGUUCUCUUGGUGUAGUUUGGAUGAAGAAGGCCCUUUGGCCCAUUUGAUCCCAUCCUAAUCAACCCUGCCAUCUGGCAUUGCAGGGUCAUGGGAAUCUAAUAUGCGAUAUCUCUUAAAAGAUUUCUCAAUUAGGAAUGGGAAAUUGUCAAUUUCUGAAACAUCAGAUGUGCUGAAGAACACUCUUGUUCAAGAACAUGAAUAACUAGAGACUACGUGAACCUCUUUGGCUCAAAUGUGUCAAUUUGUGUUGAGACUGAUUUUAGGGUAUAAUUUCUUUGUUAAAAAAUGGGGGAAAGUGCAAGGAAGGGAAUUUAACACACCCUCACACGUCCCCAAGAAAAUUCACUUAAAAUCUUUUUAACAUGCACAUCCCUUGUUCCGUUAAUGCUUAUGAAUAGCUGGUCCUCCUCCCUUGCCACCUUCAGGACCCAUCUCAAGACCCUCCUCCUUCAGCCAUGCUUUCGAUUUCUCUGCUUCUCCCCCAGCCCUCCACCCUCACCCACCCCAACCCCUACUUAGGUCUGUAACUCUGUCUGUUCAGCGCCUUGGGACGUCCUCCAGACGUGAAAAGCGCUAUACAAAUAUAAUUUUGUUGUUGUUGUUGUCCUGGCAUUGCUGUGAAAUUAAUUUUGGGAUGUCAGUGCACAAACACAUUGCCACAAAAAAAUACGUUGGGGGCGGGGGGGGGGGAAGUCAUUUUUUACCGAUUGACUUUCAUCAAACAAAUUGGAUAUUUAUCAGUGAAUAUCGUUUGAAACCUACCUUGAUAGUUCUUACUUAUUUGUGAAAACUGCUUAAUGAAGUCCUUUAGCGCAGUGGUUAGAGCACUUGGCUUGCAAGUGAGAGGACCUGGGAUUCCCGGGCGGGGUAAAACGUUGUGCAAGUUUCCUUACUCCAUGCGCCUCUGUUUACCAGCAGUAAGGACGAACCCGGUUGUGAGUUGAUUAUUGAAUCAAUUUUCUGGGGAUAAUAAUCUCUUAAAAAAAUAAAAAUAAGAAUUUGGUCACUCAAUCAACGACUGUUUUUGGGACACUGCUGUGCUCAUUUGGCUGUCACGUUUCGCACAUAGAAUAUGCAGUCAAUUCACUUUACUGCGAAGUCCUUUGAAACAUCUCAAAGAUGCAAUGAGGUGCUAUAUCAAAUGCAAGGUUUUUUUUUAUUGUUGAUUACGCCGAUUAUUAUUGAUUUUUUAUCAUUGAUUACUGCACAAAUAAGUUGCUACUCAAUGUAACCUUAAAUGUAACGCUAUAUUUCUGCCUAAUUUUUCUUUGGUUAACAAAAGGUUAAAAACUAUUUUAACCUUACUUAUAUUGGCAAUUUCUGUGUUGCUGUGGUUAAUAAUCCAAUCAAAUAAAAAAUGGUUUGAUGUUCAAAUACAAA